GUGCGCGUUGGGGUGCGGGGCGCCGCCGCGCCGGGGAUGGGGGAGCGGCGGCAGGCGCUGGGCCGCGAAUGCGAGGAACUCGUAACUUCCUCGAAAUCUGGGAGCCGAGAAGGAGUUGCUGGGGUCAAAGCGAGCAGCUGGGUUUCGUUCCCGAGCUGCGCGACGUGCGGCGGGGCCGGCGGUCUCACAUGUGCGGUAGGAAGAUUACACAAUGGAAUUCACAUUUUUUCACAAAGAGCUGCGUGUAUUGGAUCAGUACCGUUGAGGACACCUUCUGAUUGCAACACCCGAAGCAGGGUCCUGUAACAAACUUGUCAAAGGAAAGCUUACAAUGGAUCUCAAAGAAAGCUGCCCAAGUGUCAGCAUUCCCAGCUCUGAUGAACACAGAGAGAAGAAAAAAAGAUUUACUGUUUACAAAGUGUUGGUCUCAGUCGGCAGAAAUGAGUGGUUUGUCUUCAGACGGUAUGCAGAAUUUGAUAAACUCUACAACACGCUAAAGAAGCAAUUUCCCACUAUGAACUUGAAGAUUCCAGCUAAAAGAAUAUUUGGAGAUAAUUUUGAUCCCGAUUUUAUUAAACAGAGAAGAGCUGGACUGAAUGAAUUCAUUCAAAAUUUAGUUAGACAACCAGAGCUAUGCAACCACCCAGAUGUUAGAGCAUUUCUUCAGAUGGAUAACCCAAAACACCAGUCAGAUCCAUCUGAAGAUGAAGAUGAAAGGAGCAGUCGGAAGUUAAACUCUACCUCACAGAAUAUCAACUUGGGACCAUCUGGAAAUCCUCAUGCUAAACCAACAGACUUUGAUUUCCUGAAAGUUAUUGGGAAAGGAAGUUUUGGCAAGGUUCUUCUUGCAAAACGAAAACUGGAUGGGAAAUACUAUGCUGUCAAAGUGCUGCAGAAAAAAAUUGUUCUUAAUAGGAAAGAGCAAAAACAUAUUAUGGCUGAACGUAAUGUGCUUUUGAAAAAUGUGAAACAUCCAUUUUUGGUUGGAUUACAUUACUCAUUCCAAACAACAGAGAAGCUUUACUUUGUCCUGGAUUUUGUUAAUGGAGGAGAGCUGUUCUUUCACUUACAAAGAGAACGUUCCUUUCCUGAACACAGAGCCAGAUUUUAUGCUGCUGAAAUAGCCAGUGCACUGGGCUACUUACACUCAAUAAAUAUUGUGUACAGGGAUUUAAAACCAGAAAACAUUCUCCUAGAUUCACUAGGUCAUGUUGUGUUGACAGACUUUGGACUUUGUAAAGAAGGGAUUGCAAGUUCUGAUACCACUGCAACUUUUUGUGGGACGCCAGAAUAUCUUGCACCAGAAGUCAUUAAAAAGCAGCCUUAUGACAACACAGUAGACUGGUGGUGCCUUGGUGCAGUUCUUUACGAAAUGCUUUAUGGGCUGCCUCCUUUUUACUGCCGUGAUGUUGCUGAGAUGUAUGAGAACAUUCUUCAUAAACCCCUGGUUUUGCGCCCAGGAAUCAGCCUUACAGCCUGGUCUAUUCUGGAAGAACUUCUGGAGAAAGAUCGACAAAGCAGACUUGGAGCAAGGGAAGACUUUCUUGAAAUUCAAAAGCAUCCAUUCUUUGAAUCUCUCAGCUGGACUGAUCUUCUUCAGAAGAAAAUUCCACCACCAUUUAAUCCUAAUGUGGCUGGACCAGAUGAUAUCGGGAACUUUGACGCAGUGUUUACAGAAGAAAUGGUCCCAUACUCAGUUUGUGUUUCUUCUGAUUAUAACAUCGUUAAUGCCAGUGUCCUAGAGGCAGAUGAUGCAUUUGUUGGAUUUUCCUACGCACCACCUUCUGAAGAUAUGUUUUCCUAGGAAAUUAUAAGCCAACAGUGUUUUGGAAGUCUUGGGGAGAACUGAAAUGUUAGGAUUAUGGACACAUUCAAAAAUA